AUGGUUGCUGGUGUGUUCGGCGCGAUCGCUCUCGGCAGUGGCUGUACGGACCCUAACACGUGUACCUUCGACGAUGACUGCGAUGCCGGUGAAGUUUGUAACACCGCUUCCAGCACCUGCGAAGCUGGCGACACGUCCUGCACGACCUCGGCGGACUGCGCCGAGGGUCAGUUCUGUAUCGCUGGCGAGUCGGGCAACACCUGUGGCGCAGCCGCAGACUGUAACGACCUCGUGGACGAGAACAAGGACGUCGCUUGUGGUGCAGACGAAGUCUGUAACGCAGACGGCUGUGGCGCAGCAGCAGACUGCUCGGCUGAGGCCGACCCAGCUGCAUUCUGUGCUUCCCAGCUUGGCCUCGGAGAGGGCAUGACGGCAGCAUGUGAGGACGGCGUCUGUGUCGAGGACACCCCUGAGGACACGUUCCGCUACGUGUUGAUCAGCGACAUCUCGACGGAAGGCUGCGAGGACACGAACGCAGACGGCGAGUACGAUCCAGGCAGUGACAUCAUGUACGUCGAGCUUCGCGAUGCGAACGGCCAGACGUUGGCAUGGGGUUCGACCGCAGAGUACGAGCAGGCUGACGAUCCUAACAACGACUACACCGACUCCUCGAUCAUCGACGGCAUGGCGCCAUCGCUCAUCGCGGACGGCUCCGAGGAUGACGGCUGCCCCGACGCAGCAGAUCGCUUCAACGCGAUGACCGUCGUCUCGCUCGGCUGUGGUGGUAGCUUGCUCGUCGGCUUCGACGCGCCGAUCUACGAUGACUACGUCAUCAACGUUGGCGAGUACGCGCCGAUCUGUAACCAGAACAUGGGCGGAAGCCCCACUGGUUCGACCGACAAGUACGAGGUCAAGCUUUGCCCUGCGACCGCAGAAGGAAACCGAGAGAAGAUCGAGCAAGGAGCAAAGAUGACAGUUAUUACAGGGAUCGCACUCUUCUUCUUUUACGCCGUGGUGAAGUUCUUGCUGCAGGCGCUCGCGCUGAAGAUGGCGGUGGAAGUGGUCAAGCCCUACGGCGUGGAGAACCAGUACACGACGGCCUUGACGGUCGCUGGCGGCAUCGCAUUCGUCGGUUUGAUCACGGGCUUUAUCCCCUGGUUUGGCUGGCUCGUGUACCUGGUGGCGUGGUGCGCGAUCAUGAUGUCGACCUACAAGCUCACGUUGAUGCGCAGCGUGGUCGUGGCGCUCAUGCAGUUGAUGAUCGCUUCCGGGCUGACGUUGCUCGCGAAGUGGAUCGGCUUGCUCGACGCGAGCUCUUCUUACUUCUUCUGA